AUGCUUGGCAUUGAGAAAACUCCACUUGCCGCUCCAGUACAUCAUACACUGUCCUGGUACCCUGCGCAGCGAACCCUGCCGUCAGAGACGCCAGACGGUAUGGCAGUCGACUUUGUUCUUACAACGCGAGGACAGGAUAGUCUACAGACGCUGACCUGCAUGCCUCUCAGAGCUGCAGAACGCAUGAAAUCCCGCUUGAUUGCUCUGCAAGAGACCAAGUUCCGUCGUGAAGUAAAGGUGGUGUUGGUUUCGUCGUGCAUGUCGUCAAUCUCUUCGAUUCUCGCAAGAUCAUGUCACCUCGUCUGUCCCUUUUUCGCCUACGCAUUUGGACAAGUUUAG